AUGUCUUUGCAGACUAAUAUGGGAAUGCCCGGUAGCAGUGAGAUUGCGGUGUUGUGUGAAGACGUCCAUAAAUCCUAUGUUAAAAGUUCACCUGUGUUGCAUGGCAUUGACCUAACGUUACCACAGGGAGCAAUCUAUGGCUUACUGGGACCAAGUGGAUGUGGGAAAACGACAUUACUUAGGUGCAUGCUAGCAAGGCUAAACAAUGAAAAAGGCAACAUCCUUGUACUUGGACAGAAACCUGGAACAACUGGUCAUGGUGUGCCAGGAAAGUUGGUUGGAUAUAUGCCUCAGAUAAAUGACAGGAUACAGUUCCUGUUAGAAUUUUUAAAUCUACCUCCCAAAUCUACCAUCAUAGGUCAUUUAAGGAUCUGGCAACAUUUGAUUGAGUUGACAAAAUCUGGUAAUGUGACAAUAAUUAUAACUACCCAUUACAUCGAGGAGGCAAGACAAGCUGAUAUUGUAGGACUUAUGAGAAAUGGACAUAUAUUGGCCGAAUCACCUCCUCAACAACUAAUCAGCCAUCAUAAUCUGGAGACAUUAGAAGCUGUGUUUUUAAAGCUUUGUCAGCAAGAUUACAAAGUCAAUGAAGACGAUGGUGUUGACAGUUCCCUAGAACCAGUUUCUGUGACUUACAAGAAAAUGAAGCCUUUACAUAGAGAUUAUGAAGAUCCUGAUGAAAACACAGCUCUCCUAGGACAUAGAGAUUCUGUCAAAGUAAAAUCAAAAUCAGGUUGUUGUCAGAAAUUCAAUGCCUACUGCCCAAGUAUAUGGAAUGUAUUAGCUAUUUUCAUUAAAGACUUGAUUAGAUUCAAAAGACGACCAGGAUAUAUGCUUGGAAUGAAAGUGGACAAUGAAACCAUUGUAGGCAGCACAAUACUAGUGUCUUUAGAUAUGACAAAUGUACAAAUAGCAGUAACUUUACAGCAAGAAAUUAUGACUGCAUUUCAAGAUUUUGCUAACAACAUAUCUCUGUCUCUUGUCGGCAAUACUUAUCUAGCUCAGUUACCAAUAGUAUUUACAGAACCAAUUUACGGAAAUGCAGAUUCCUCGUUUACUGAUUUUAUGGCACCUGGUGUCAUAUUGAGUAUCACAUUUUUUCUCGCCGUUGGUUUAACUGCAUUGACUUUGAUCAUUGAAAGAAAAGAAGGAUUACUUGACAGAAGUUGGGUUGCUGGUGUGAAUGCAGCCGAGUUGAUGUUAGCUCAUCUCAUGACUCAAUUUAUAAUUAUGAUGAUGCAAAUAGUGCUUGAAUUAGCAUUCAUAUUAGGAGUCUUUAAGGUUCCGUGUGAGGGCUCCAUUCUCUUAGUUCUUAUAUUAACGCUAAUGCAAGGGUUUUGCGGUAUGUCAUAUGGACUACUAAUUUCAGCAUGUAUUGACGACGAAAAUGCUGCCGUACAAGUAUCGCUUGGAUCGUUUUACCCGAAUCUACUUUUAAGCGGUAUAAUAUGGCCAGUUGAAGCUAUACCGUAUCCUCUGCGGUAUCUUAGUUACGCUUUACCGCAGACAUUCGCAACAGAAGCUAUGAGAUGUAUCAUGUUCAGAGCUUGUGGAGAUGAUGGUUGUAUUGGUGAUGAUGAUGAUGAUGAUGAUGAUAAUGAUGUAAUGGUUGUGGUGGUGGUGAUGAUGUAA